AUGGGGGACGUCCUGGAGGAAACCCCCUCAAGCCAGGAUGACUCCCAAUCGCUUAACCCAACCGCAGAACACCGGGAGGUCACAAACCAAGCAAGAAUAGCAAGUACUGUCCACCACACGAACGACCACGUCGUCACGGACCAACGACAUCCUGAGAAAGCCAAGGACAAAGCGGCACAGAUCAUCCAAGAUCUCUGCCUCCGGGUCCAGGAGCUCGAAGGCAAACUGACUAAUAGAGAAAAACACAACAAUGAACGCGGAAGCCAGGCAACUUCCAGAUCAAGAUCUCGCCACAGUAGGUCACCAACCCGACGACACAAUAGGAGAGACGGUCGCAGCGCCUCACGCGACCACGCUCACGAAAAAUCGCCGGAACGACGAUACAACAAGAAACACAACCGUAGCGCCUCCCGAGAUCUAAGCCGUCAACACGACUCAGACGAAGAUCGGAGGUACCGAAAUACCAAGCGCACAAGAAACGACCACACAAUAAUGGGAGCUACACCCUUCACAGAGAGAAUCUUAAGAGCAAAACUCCCCAAAGGUUUCGACAAACCUACCGACAUGAAGUACGAUGGGACCAAAGACCCCCAGGAACAUCUAACGGCCUUCGAGAAUGUCGCCAAAGAUUACAUCAAUGACGAAGAAGUUAGCCAGGUUGUCGCCGCCAACAAACGGCAACACAGCAACACCCAACACAGCAACUCGGCUUCUCGCCAAAAUCCACCACCCAAAGAGAAUCAAAGGGACCACCCCAGACCGACAAAUACAAACCGACCACCAAGAAUUGGCAAAUUCUCUAAUUACACGCCCUGA